CUCUACCAAAUCUGGCAGAGAUAAACAAAACAAAAAAAACGAAGAAGAAGAAAAACUUCGAUUUAAGAAGAUAACAGCGACAAGGAGACUCAAUAUGGAUAAGAGCUGUAACUCCUCCGGCGAUUCCUCCGCCGUAUCCGCCUCUGCAACGAGUAGUACCGGUAACAAUACAACGAACAGAGAUCAUUACCUGCGACAGCUCAAUAAGCUUUCUCAUAAAAUAUCAAAACCGACAAACUCCUCCUCCUCCGUCUCCGCCGUGAAUCGUGAAAUUGAUCUUCCUCCUCCACCGCCGCCGUUAAUUAAUCAAGGGAAUCUCCAUCAACAUCAACCUCCUGUUUACAAUAUCAACAAGAACGAUUUCAGAGAUGUUGUUCAGAAACUUACCGGUUCACCUGCACAUGAACGGAUCUCUGCUCCGCCGCAACAACCGAUUCAUCACCCUAAGCCUCAACAGAGUUCGCGUCUACAUAGGAUUCGUCCUCCUCCGUUGGCUCAUGUUAUCAAUCGUCCUCCUGGUUUGCUAAAUGACGCACUUAUCCCUCAAGGUUCUCAUCACAUGAAUCAAAACUGGACCGGCGUUGGAUUUAACCUUCGACCAACGGCGCCGCUUUCUCCUCUCCCGCCGCUUCCGCCAGUUCACGCGGCGGCGGAAUCUCCGGUCUCUUCGUACAUGCGGUAUCUUCAGAACUCGAUGUUCCCAAUCGAUUCGAAUCGGAAAGAGUUCUCUGGUUUAUCUCCGUUAGCUCCUUUGGUGUCACCUCGCUGGUACCAACAACAACAACAGGAAAACGCUCCGCCUUCGCAGCAAAACAGUCUCCCACCAGCACAUCCUCCUUCCACCGCUGUUUCGCAGACGGCGCCGACAUCGAUUCCGGGCCCUCCACCGUUUGGAUGUUUGAAUUCGCCUAAAUCUCCGUACGGAUUACUCUCACCGAGCAUACUUCUAUCGCCAGCGUCCGGUCAGUUAGGGUUCCCGGUAUCUCCGACGACGGUGCCGCUUCCUAGCCCUAAAUACAAAGGUCAUUGAUCAGAAAAUCGGAAACCCUGUUGUCGGUCAAAGUGAACAACGUCGUCGUUUUGACCGUCACGACAAAAUUCCCUUUGUUCUUUUUGUACAUCAUUAGUGGAGUGGUGGGAUCAUUUGUUUUUUUUUUGUUAAUUAACUCAAAAAUUACUU